AUGGCUCAAUGUUCUCAUGUGGUGAUCGUAUUACAUGGUUUUGGUGACGAGUGUACUUGGUCAAAUUGGAUAAAAGUCGUUGAGCCAUUAUACAAAGUCGGAUGCUCUCUGAUCGUACUUGAUUUACCUGGCUUCGGUCGGUCAAGUGGACGGGAUACAAUUCAGUCGAGUUGGAAACAAAAUGGACCUGAAAUCUAUGUAGCCAUUCUAUCAAGCUUUGGUAUUAAUAAACCUAUUAGCGUACUGGCAGAAUGUGGUGGGGCGGCUACAUCUAUUCGUGCAAUAAAUCGGUAUCCCAGAUGGUUCCAGGAUCGACAUCAUUUAUUCAAUAAUUCUGUCACUGGAGACUUUGGAGAUUCAUAUCCAGGGGAAUUUGAACAGAAACUAGUCAAAUACAAUAUUCACAUAUUAGUCACUUGGAAAGUUGAUAUUGAUCAUCCAACAUUUUGCGUUGCUUAUAAACGUUGGGAUAAGAACCGAAAAUCAGGUUUUAAGAAUCUUCGACUCGUUGAUCUUCCUCAAACAGCUUAUCGAACUGAUUGGGUCAAAGUCAACAAUAUCGCACGUCUAACUUCCAAAAAUAAAGCUUUCUUUUACGUCAAUACGCCUGAACGUGAAAAACUGAUUAUUCAUGCUAUAUCUCCAAAUGCCAAACUAUAG